GAGCAGACCGGCGCGCAACAACAGUCCUCCUGACUCCUCGGCCGCGUCGCACCUCUGUCCCGCCACGCCGGGCUACUUUAUCACGGUUUCCCUCGAAGGGGAGAGGGGGACUAUCGGUGCCGAGGAGGAUCUCGAGUCGGAUGUUUCCUCUGUGUUGGAAUAGCUCAAUAAGUAAGUUUCCUGUACCUCCGGAGGAGGAGAGCAGCGGAACUUCCACAGGACCAUCUGCCUUGCACCCUUUCUGGCACCGCGGGGGCUGCGCACUGUUUCUUUCUCCCUCUCACGUAAAACAGGAGGUCGCAUCUGCCACCGACUCCCGUCCUCUGUAGUCCGGAGGCUGCGGAGGGGGAUGGUAUGGUGUAACUUUUCCGCUCCAGCCGAACCCGAGCGGCCGGUGUGAGAGAGGAGCCGCUUCAUGGUGCCGGAGAGGGCAUGCGAGCCUUCCCUCCGUCUCGGAUAGCGGAGCGGCCAUGAGGAGAGGGGUCAACCUGCUGGAAUAAGAGAACAGGACCACACGGCACCAACAGAAUGCGGGAACGAGGUCCUUGCAUUUGUGGAGUAGGUGUGUGGAGUCUACUGCUGUCCCUCUGUUUGGCCUCCCUGACACAUGCACACAGGAGCCACACAGUGCAUGUGAAGGCGGGGACGUGCGAGGUGAUCGCCGCCCAUCGCUGCUGCAACAAGAACAAGAUUGAGGAGAGAUCUCAGACUGUCAAAUGUUCCUGCUUCCCCGGACAGGUUGCUGGCACCACUCAGGCCAUGCCCUCCUGUGUUGACGCUUCCAUUGUAGCCCAGAAGUGGUGGUGUCAGAUGCAUCCUUGUAUGGAAGGUGAGGAGUGCAAGGUUCUGCCGGACCUCACAGGAUGGAGCUGCAGCACAGGCAACAAAGUCAAGACCACAAAGGUGACCCGAUAGUUCAGUCCGUCUCAAAAAGAGAACAA